CGGGAUCAGAUUUAGUUUGCUAAUAUUCCCAUCUACGUCCUGGGACGGCGAGGGGCCCGUAUAAAUGCAAUAAAUUGAGGUUAAUAACUAUUUUUCCUCCAAAUCUGAUCAGAAAUCAGUUCUCUCUUUGACACUCUCUCCUGGUUAAUAUCUAACCCAGUGUGCUGGUGUUUCAAUAAGCGGGCGUCACACUUGUGUCAGCGUUUCGCUCAGCCAUUGUCUGGUGUUCGAGUCCAAUCCGAAAGAACACGGUCCAAUCCGAAAGAACACGAUCUAAUCCGAGACCAGCGGACGAAAGACAGGAUGUGGGUGUUGUUGGCGAGAUUGUCACCUAUUGCCCAUAGCUAAUUGCCCUUGAGAAGGACUGGCUCUGCACUCACUGCUCUGUCCAAGGAAGUGAAGUCACUGAGGGCACCAGGCCAAUCCAUGGAAUGUUAAAACUACCCUCGGCUUUGAAGUAGGAAGGAACAGAAGUUCAAUUCACACACUGGUAAAGCUCAGGAGGAGGUCCUGAGGCUCACUGAGUCUGCUGCAGCUCUUUGGAAGAUUCAGUCCACUACCCGGCUUUAGCCCUAAAAUAUCUUUCGCCUUCAAAUAUCUAUUCCGUUAGUUUUUGAAACCUGAGAUGGUGAAUUGAAGCUGUAAAACGAUCAGUACUUUUGCACUGUCCUUUUGCAUUUUCUGGCAGAGCACAGUGUUAAGGCAGAUAGAAAGAGGAUGUCGUCACAUCAGAGAACGGUAUCGGCCGAUUAUGACUGGGGUUGGCCAGCAACCAGUGCUGAACGUGCCGAGCGUCCUGGCCUGCAGAGGCAGAUGCUGCCCACACACUUAAUGUCAAACACAGGUGCCAGCACCAGCGAGGAAGAAGACUCUUACAGCUCAGUGGCCGUACCACCACCACUCCCCCUGCAGCCACCGGUGGGCUUGCCGGAUGAGGAGCAUCCUGGCAUGAUGCCUGACAUCAAACCGAAGAGAAGGUUCAUCCCCGACUCUUGGAAAAACUUCUGGAGGGGCCGCAGAGGGCAGGACAAGUUGCUGCUUGACCUCAGUUCCUCGUGGGGAGUAGAAGAGUGCUCGCCGCCGGUGUCACCCUUCCUAAAUCGCCGCAAGGACACUUCUGAGGGAAGGCCCAGGGGUGCGGCUGAAGAUGAUGAUUGCGGGACGUCCAAAACUGAACCAGAGUCCAUGCCGGCGUUUUCAGAGAAGGAGCCCGAGACGGCCCAGAGCUACAUGGAGAGGAUGCACGUUUACCAGCUGAAACACGCCUACAUGAAGUCAUGGCCGGGGUUGCUGAGGGUACUGGGAGUAAUGGAGCUACUGUUCGGAGCAAUGGUAUUUGCUUGUAUAUGUGCAUACGUACAGAAAGACAGCCAGUGGUACAACUUCAUUGGCGGGUCUUACCCAGCCUACGGACUUGGGAACAAUUAUUACUAUACUGGACCCAAAACACCUUUUGUUCUGGUCAUGGUCGCUCUGGCCUGGGUUGUGACAAUAGGCCUCCUCGUCUUGGGACUGUCCCUGUAUUAUAGAACUAUUCUUCUUGACUCGGGCUGGUGGCCCCUGACAGAGUUCACCAUGAACACUUGCCUCUUCUUUCUGUUCAUGGCAGCCGGCAUUGUCUACGUCAACGGGUUAGGCCUGGGAGGCUUGUGCUACACCAUGUUGGCCAACAACCCUCUGUACUACCAGCUGUGCCGAGUGGAGAGUGGACAGAUUGCCGCCACGGCCUUCCUGUUUGUCGACAUGCUCCUGUACCUGGUCAGCGCGGGCGUGUGUCUCAAGGUGUGGCGUCACGAGCUGAACAGAAAACAACGGGAGGCUUUGGCCAGUAAGCGUGGAACAGUCACGGUGACCACACAGAGGCGCCCGUUCUUAUUCAAGCGCAUGUCAUUCCGGACAAAAGCAUCACGCCCUCCAGAUGAAGAGGUUACUAAGAACAUCCCAUCAAGGUCCGCUGGUGCACACACCCUCAACAAGUCUAUUCCAGCUGGAUAUAUUCCGAAGCCCCUCAUCAUUCCUGAUUAUGUAACGAAGUACCCGAAGAUUGAGGCCGCGGAGGAGAGAGAGCGCUACAAGGGAGUGUUCAACGACCAGUAUGCAGAGUAUAGGGAGCUACACAGUGAGAUCCACGCAGCCAACAGGAAGUUUGCAGAGCUGAGGACCCUGAUAGAGAAACUGCCACGUUACACAGAGACAUCAGAGGAGCACAAACGGAUCAUGAAGAUCAUAGAAGGUUAUAAGGAGAAAAAAAACGACCCAGCGUUUGUGGAGAAGAAACAACGAUGCACCUACCUGAAAAACAAGCUCUCGUAUAUCAAGCAGCGGAUCCAAGAAUAUGAUCUAAAAUGUGAUUCCUCUGGGAGUCAUUUUGCCAGCACCAUGUACGAGAGUCGACCCUUUGGCAGCCCCCCUGCUUACAGCCCCACCCAGUACAGCCAUCCAGUGGCCUACAGACCCUCGAUGGGCAGCUUUGAAUUUGACGUGCAUUCGCCCCCACCGGGCUCUUACUACUUUGAGGAUAAUCCGCAGCACUUUUACAAGUGGAGCUCCCCGCCUGGCAUCGUCCGCAUUUUAGAAGGGAUUGUUAUCAUCUUGUGCCUGGCUAUUUUUGCCUGCGUGGCGUCUACGUUGCAGUGGCAGUACAGUUAUGGCUAUGGUGGAGGAUUUGGAAUGGGUGGUGGCUUCUACCCUGGGUUAGGAGGAGGUGGCUAUUAUCCUGGGAUGGGGGGUGGCUAUGGUUAUGGUGGAGGUGUCACCGACCCCAGGGCAGCCAGUGGCUUCAUGAUCGCAAUGGCGGCGAUCUCGUUUAUCAUUGCCCUGGCCUUCUUCAUUACCAGUGUCAGCAAGUCCCAGAACUCCAGGAGUCGGAAGUUUUACCUGUUGGUGCUGGUGUUCAGCACUAUCCUGGGUGGGAUGGAGCUGAUCGCCAGUAUCGUUUACAUCAUGGGCGUGAACCCCACGGCUGGCGGUGGUGGGUCUGUGUACUACAGCCAGAUCAGAGUGAUAUGCAGCCAGUUCUAUACAGGAGGAGCAGGGUUGAUGAUUGGCAACCAGUAUCUCUAUCACUACUGUGUUGUGGAUCCUCAGGAGGCCGUGGCCAUUGUUUGCGGGUUUCUGGUGGCGCUGACGUUUUGUAUCAUUGCGUUCUUCGCUCAAAGAGUGCGGCACAAAAUAUGGAAGUACGGGAAGCCCAAUAUCAUCUGGGAUAAGAACUUUGCUGAAGUAGGGAUGGGGCCGAACGUGGAAGAGUGGGUGAAGACGGUUCCAGCGGAAAUUAAUGAUGAUAAUGAGACACUUCAGUUCUCUGAUAAACCAGCCAAUGGAAUCAAUGUAAUGAGUGCCACAGAUUAUAACUCACAACCAACCAUGUACACCUUGGAGAGACAAAGUAAUAGUCCGUACUGGCCUGCCUCUUGCCCCUCGAGGAACUUCAACUCUACUCCAUCGGAAGACAUGUUGAGGAAGCCUCCAGCUGGUCGGAGGAAGGGGAAGAGGAGACAACGCAGAUCGGAAAUGGAGGAGUCUCAGUAUGAGACAGAUUACACAACAGGAGCAGAAUCUGGUGAAGACAUGGAUGAAGACGAAUGGGAGAGGUUGUACCCUCCCAUCACCUCUAACCCCAUACGGCAGGAAUACAAGCACGAAUUUGAUGCUGACCAUCAGGAAUAUAAACAGCUUUGUGCCGAAAUGAACGAAGUCAACAACCAGAUUAAUUACCUGAAUAAACGACUAGAUGUCUUGACCGAAGAUGACCCCAACUAUCAGGGCGUUGCCGAGGAAUACAACAGGUUAAAGGAUUUUAAACAGACCUCCGACUACCAGAGUAAGCGGCAGAGGAGCAAGCAACUGAAGAGCAAGCUGUCCCACAUCAAGCGGAUGGUCAACGAUUAUGACCGUCAGCGAGAGUAAGGCCGAGUGUGGAUGCCGAACCUUCCUCCCCUCCCCCACCCAGCCGAACACGAAAACUGAGAAUAAACUGCCGUCAUUAUUGAACAUUCCAAACUCCAGUUGGAAGCUCCCCCAUGGACUGGAAUGCCAGUAUCAUAAUCUGGAUCACAGUGAGUUUGAAUACUGCCAAGCCCUCAGCUCCAGUAUUAGUCUGGAGAAGAUCCCCUGUGACUUCUGUUCCUAUGUUACUUCACUGGAUAUUUUGUUCUAAAUGCGUGUGGACAAGCAUUUAUGUCUGAUGUUCAAUAUAUGGUUAAUUAGUUAACCAAUGGUUGAUAUCUGGGGAAAGGAGCCAAUCCAUGGCAUCAAACAAGGAGAGAAGUUAAUUCACGUCAUGUGGUCUGUGGAAGGAAUCUGAAUGGGACGUAGAAUGUAUCCACAACCAUGUGAAUGACUGUAAUCAGUCAGGAUGUUACAGUAAAUGAAAAUUUAAAAAGAAAAACAACUGCAGAUACCGGAAGCCUAAAAUAAAGUUAUUUUAGGUUGAUGAUAAUCCAUGGCCAAAAGGAUUUUUUAAAAUCUUAACUUUGUUCCCAGGUCCAGGAAGAAAACUGCAUUUAGAAACCACUUUAUGAUAUAAGUUGAAAUAUUCUAAGGAGCCCUAUCAAACUAAACUUGAAGCUGAGCCAUGGAAGAAUGGUGACCAAAAGGUCCAAGAAGUUGGGUUUGUGGAAUACCAUGAAGGGCGAGGGGAGGGGAGAAAGAGAAAUGGGGAAGUUAAGGGAGGGAAUUCCAGAGAUCAGGACAUCAGCAGCCAAAGGCAUUGCCAGUGAUGGAGGGAUGGAAAUGAAAGAUGCAAAGAGGCCAUUUGGAGGAUCCUAGGGAAUUGUAGAACUGGAGAACAUUGCAGAGAUGGAGAGAUGUGGAGGACAUGAGGAUAUCUGAAAUUUCAAGAGUUGCCUGGCAGGUCUCUGAGAUCAAUGGGUGAUGGACGAACAAGAGCAUGUGAGAAGGGCUAUGGGGCAGAAGGUUUAGGAUGAACUCGUUUGUGGAGAGUAGUUCAAGGGAAUGCGACCAGGAAAAGAAUGCAAAAAUUGAAUCUGAAGAGGAAAUCUUUUCAACGGCCCUUGGCUGAAGCAGCUACUGUAAUUUUCUGGAGGUGAUUGACAAGUGAAGGUUUAGAAGGUUGACUUGCAAAUGGUAGAAUGCCGAGGUUAUGAGUGGUGCAGUUUAGAGUUGGUGUCCAGGGAGAGGGGUGGAAGGAGUGGAGAAUACAAGAUACUAGGGACCACAGAUAAUGGAAUCUGGAUAAAUAAUCUGCUGGAGGAACUCCGUGUAUCUGUGGGAAGAAAGCAAUUGUUGGUAUUUCAGGUUAAAACCUUGCAUCAGGACAGAGUGGAGAGCGGUGAUAGCCAGUAUAAAGUGAAGGAGAAUGGUGAGACAAGGGUCUGACGUGAUUGGUGUACUGAGGAGGGGUGAAAGAUGACAGGCAGGUAAUGGCAGGUAAGGGAGGUGAGAAGGAGAGUGUGACAGGUGAAUGAUAAAUGGAAGUAGAGAAACAGAUACAAUGGAGUAAUGGGGGGGGGACGGGGUGUGAAUGAGGUUCGUACUGGACUCUAAUGUCCCCAAUUUUCUCUUUUUUUUUGUGUGUGCCAUACUCUGGCAGAGCCUCGGCGACCACUUUUUCAAGUGGUUGUCUUGGAGGAAAGAUCCUGUGAGUGGUCCCCCACGGCCUCCUCACAGCGGUGUUUUUUUUUUAUGAGGCCGAGUUGGGAGCUCGACACUCAACCUGGCACGGAUGGAAAGCGUGCCCGGGUGUGGCCCGACUGGCUUCAAACUCGGGAACCCUCGCUCCGGAGUCCGGCGCUGAUGUCACUGCGCCACCAUUUUCUCUAAAUGGAGUUAUUGAAUACCAGAAAAGUGACCCAAACGUGGGGCAGUGCCAACCAGCAGUCCAUGUUCUAGUGGUGAGUGGACGGAAUCUGGGGUCUAAAGAAAUCAGUCACAAGGUCAGAACUUUGGGCUAGUGGAGAGGGAAACCCGUGAUCAGUCCAGGUGCCUGGCGACUUGUAAUGUUCCAGUCCUCUCGCCCCGAGUCUAUCCAAAUGGAACAGCUUCGUCAAACUUGCCAGUGAUACAGGACUAUUUUUAUCAAAUUUUUUUUUUAAUUGCAUCUCUAGUUUUGUUUGCGCUUCAUGAUUAUUUACACUUUAGCAGCACUGAAAUCUGCAAAUUCAGAAGUAAUUAUGUGUUUAAAUAAGUCAACAGUAUCAAGUAAUUUACUCUGAACAUUGCCAUCUUUACUUCGACUAGAGGGCCUUGUUUACAUUUAUGGGUUAUUCGCUGAUUUGUCUUGCGUGGAAUCAGAGGGUCUGGGGAAUUGGAAAGGGUGGUUCUUACUGUUAGGUACGUGUUAAUUCAGAGCACUAAGGUUUGUAAGUUUUGACAGUUUCUAUACAAAAUUAAUGGCAAAUAGGAGUGAAAUAAUAUAUGUUCAUUUAAACUCCCAAAAUACUGGGCUGGAUUUUGGGGGUCAGUAGCAAGCAGUUUGUUUUUUGUUUGUCUGCACACAUUUUCUAUGGGAUUUUCCAUUCUAAUUGAGUACAUAUUUAAUUAUUUAAAUACAGGACUGUCUGUGGGCAGCCUGGGAUUUGUGUGCAUGGUCAGACUAGACUAUCAUUGGUGAACACUACAGCAUCUGAACCACACAUCUCAGUUAAAUCAAAGCCAUGAAAGUAAAACAGAGGGAAAGGAGGGAGAAAAGAAAAAGAAAAAAAAAUUGAAUAUCCAAUAAUCAAAAUUUGAUAACAUUAUUUGGAGAGUCGGAGUUUGUUAGGCAAUUACUAAAAUAUUAUACUGAUAUAAACUUGUCUACAAGGAAAAGAAUGAGCUCCAUUUGUUUCUGUGGAGAUUUAUGGAUCAGGACUAUAAUUUCACUCCUCGUGUUAUGUUUGAAUGCCAAGUUUCUCAGCAAAAUCUCUGGAAGAGCCUGGUACCUUCAGUGAGUAUAUUUUUGGUGUAUUUUUUGUAUAACUGUGCAAAUAUUAGAUACUGUCCAGGUUAAAAAUGGCAAGCAUAAAUAUCCUUGUGAUAAGUCAUACUGUAAAUCAGACUCUGUGGAGAUGUUGAACCAUUUUAAUGCUUUUUCUAAUAUUUCUCUGGUGUAAUUCCGUCACCUCAGACUGUAUAAAUUAAUCAAAUUCCAUUGGUUUGUUGUGAAAAUAAUCAUUUUAUUACAGAUUUUGUAUAGCAGUAACACCCAAUUAUUGUAAAAAUAAUGCUUUAACCUGUUUCAAUAUGAAUUUUUAAAAAAAACUCUUUGUAUGGUUUGUAUCUUAAAUAUUUAAUAUCGUUUAGUAACCAGCAGUGAUGGAGUCUUAUUAUGCAGGAAAGCUAGGUUCUUGUCCACUGGCGAGUUUACCUGUAAAUUAACCAGACCAUAUCGUAGACUGACAGUCUUGGGAGGAGUCCAUUCCGUCUAUUGUGUCUGUGGCAGCACUUUGAAAGAACUCCGAUCUCAUACAUUGUCCUGUGAAGUUCUUUCUUCAUGUAAAUAUCCAUUUUGUAUUUCUCUGGUGUAAUUUCAUCGCUCUGCUUUAUUUCAAUCUCUUAUUUAUAGUUCUGCUGGGAGCUGUUGGUAUUUUUUCCCCUACCCUUUCUCUCUCUCAUGGAGUUGUGUUGAAAUACUUUCCACAGCCCUUUCAGGCAGUACCUUCCAGAUAGAAACAUAGAAAAUAGGUGCAGGAGUAGGCCAUUCGGCCCUUCGAGCCUGCACCGCCAUUUAUUAUGAUCAUGGCUGAUCCUCCAACUCAGAACCCUGCCCCAGCCUUCCCUCCAUACCCCCUGAUCCCCGUAGCCACAAGG